AUACGCGAAUUCGUUGCGCCUGCGCGCGGUGCUGCCGUCGCCCCUCCUUCCGCGGCGCUCUCCACCUGCGCGGGCCUGAAUGGCCUUCAGGAGCGCUGUCGGCCUGAGGAGUUGAAGGUUACUCAGCGCCGCGAGCCCUAGUAACUCGCCCUCCCUCGGCCAAAAACCCUCCGCCUGGGUCCGCGCGCGAGGAGCGCGGCCUCUGAGGGGAGCGGCGACCCCGCCAGCCCCGGUCUCUUUCCCUGGCGGCGGCGGCUUCUUCCGUGGGACAAUAUGUUCAAGAGAAUGGCCGAAUUUGGGCCUGACUCCGGCGGGAGAGUAAAGGGUGUUACUAUUGUUAAACCAAUAGUUUAUGGUAAUGUUGCUCGGUAUUUUGGAAAGAAAAGAGAAGAAGAUGGGCACACUCAUCAGUGGACAGUAUAUGUAAAACCAUAUAGAAAUGAGGAUAUGUCAGCAUAUGUGAAGAAAAUCCAGUUUAAAUUACAUGAAAGCUAUGGCAAUCCUUUAAGAGUUGUUACUAAACCUCCAUAUGAAAUUACUGAAACAGGAUGGGGUGAAUUCGAAAUAAUCAUCAAAAUAUUUUUCAUUGACCCUAAUGAAAGACCUGUAACCCUGUAUCAUUUGCUAAAGCUGUUUCAAUCAGACACCAAUGCAAUGCUGGGGAAAAAGACAGUGGUUUCAGAGUUCUAUGAUGAAAUGAUAUUUCAAGACCCAACAGCAAUGAUGCAACAAUUAUUGACAACAUCUCGUCAGCUAACAUUAGGAGCCUAUAAGCAUGAAACGGAAUUUGCAGAGCUUGAAGUAAAAACCAGAGAAAAAUUAGAAGCUGCUAAGAAAAAAACAAGCUUUGAGAUUGCAGAGCUUAAGGAGAGAUUAAAAGCAAGUCGUGAAACUAUAAAUUGUUUAAAAAAUGAAAUCAGAAAACUUGAAGAAGAUGACCAAGCAAAAGACAUAUAAACAGUUCUCAUGAGAACUUGGUAGUAAGCUAAACUGAAAAUAAGGUGGGCUUCACUGGAGAAAUGGACUUACUGCAAAUGCUAUGAUGUUUCUUAGAGGAACUUCAUAUAUAGCUGUUGACCAUGAAUUUCUUAGCAAUAGGAAUUUGUACUAUUUCAGCAAUCUUUAAUGGAAAAUAUGUGUGUAAGAAUGGAUGCUAUAUAGGUAUUUUACCAACCCAUUUUAAGAAAAUUCUAUGAUAUUAAGCACAGUUUUUAAAAAUGUUUAUUGUAGUAUAUGUAUAGCUUAUUACCCUUUUGACAGGCAUCAAAAUUUCAUUAUAAAGUAUUACUUGUACAAAUUUUGUACUUCUUUAGUGGCUAGAAUUAGUGAAGAAACUUAAUGUGUAUAUUUACUUUCUUCAAGUUCUUACCUGCCCCCAUCCUAUCUUUUUUGUAUAUGAUGUGUCCAGUAAGUAUUCAAUAAAUGUAGUUUACAGAUCCUA